AUGCCUGCAACUUUCUCAACAAUUUUUAAAAUUUUGUCAAAAAUUAAAUUGUGUGACUUUAACAUGGGACCUCCUUGCAAGCAAAUGUGGACUGCUCCUCAUGCAGACCUGGACAAGGCUUUUGUUGCAUGGUUUCAAGAACUAGUGUUGAGUGGCUUAAUUGUUUCUGUGAUUGAUUUUGAAUAUCAACUAAGAUUAUCUGUGGGGAAGAGUCACCAGUUCUCACCACAAAACCCUGACAGCAUUUUCAAUGCAGAUGGAAUGGACAUAUUUUUUAAAUUGUUACCAAAUUGCACAUUGGCUGUUAGAAAUGAUCCUUGUCAUGAUAAUGUGCAAGUUGAGUAUCUGCCACCAAACUGCACUGCAUUUUUUCAGCCUCUGGACCUGGACAUAAUACAAACUGUGAAAGAAAGUUGGCAAUGUAAUCUGAAUAUUUUCUUGUACAAAAUCUCUGUGCAUGUUACGGGCUCUGUGCUGUGCCGGGGCGUGGACACAAACAGCACAGCGAGGGCAAAGGGGGCGCUGCAUGCUCGUCUUCCGCCUACUCCAUGUCCAUGCAAGUGGACAGCCGACUGA